AUGUAUAUCGAAAAUUCAAUUAAUGAUAAAUAUAUUAGUACAUUAAAUUUUGGAUGUUUUCCAAAAAAUGUACUACAAUUUCAAGAAAGUCAAAAUUUAUUUCAACAAUUAGUAUUUAUCGAUUAUCAAUUACAAUUGUUAAUUAAUAAUGAAUUUAAUGGAUUGGAAUUAACAACUAUAACAAAUUAUCAAGGUUCUAAUUCACCAAAAGAAAAAUUAAUUCAAUUAAUUAAUUAUACAAAUUCAAUUAAUAUUAAUUAUAAUAAAGAAAAUAGAACUUAUGAAGAAAAUUUAUAUUAUACUGUAUUAAUUUCACAUUUAUUAUAUCUUGAUGGGAAUUUAAUUGAAAUGAAUAAAAUUUUAAAUUCAAUAAAUGUUACUUAUCAAGUUAAUAAAAAUUUAAAUGUUUCAAUCAAUACCUUAGAAUUUAUUCAAUAUUUAACUGUUAGAUUUUAUACUUUAUAUGGUUUAAGUACAAUUCAUCCACAAAUUGAAAUUUGGUUUCAAUACCUUAAUCAUUUUAAUAAACCAUUUGCAAAAUCUCAAGUUAUUGCAAAUCAUUGGUUAGAUUUAUUAUUUAAAAAUUUAACUGUAGUAUUAAGUAAAAAUGGUUCUAUUCAAUUUUCAUUUGUAAACAAUGUAUCAAAUUUACCAUUUUAUAAGAACAAAUUAUCAAUUAUUAGUUAUUCAAAUUUCUUGUUAAGACCAGAACAAUCACUAGUUAUUAAUAAAGCUUUUAAAGCUGAUUAUUCCUCAUAUUUAAAUGUUGAAAUUAAUGAAUGUAUUCACCUGAAAAUUCAAUUUCCAGAUGCAGCUGAUACAAAUAAUCAAGUAAAUGAUUUUAUAAACAAUUUAUAUGAAUCUUUGAGUUAUGUUCCUUUUAAUUUAGCAAUUUUCAAACCAUCAUUAAGUAAAAAAUUUUUGAUUGAUGCAACAACAAAGACAUACCAAAGUAAAGUUGUUUUAUCAAAUUUUAUUUAUACAUUAAUUGAUUUAAAUGAAUAUGAUGAAGCUUUAGCUGCAUUUAAUACUUACAUUGCAUAUAUUGAAAAAGAUCAAGAAUUAAAAGAGGGUCAUGUUGACGAUAUUUUAUCAAUUAUUGAUACUUAUAGUACUUGUAUAAUACAUUUUAAUCCAUUAAAAUCGUUUGCAAAGACUAAAAAAUUCAAAUAUACUGAUGAAGCAUUAGUUUUAGAAAAUUUGAAAAAAUUUGUACUGGAAUUACAAAAAUAUCUUGAUAAAUUAAGUUCAUUGGUUGAUUUAACUUAUGAUGAUAAAAAUUAUGCAGGUGAUAAAAACCCAUUAUCAUUCUUGUAUAGAAAAUAUAAUUUAAAUGUUUUACAAUCUGAUCAAUCACAAUUUAUUGAAUUGAUUUCAAAAGCAUGGCAUUCAAUUGGCUACUACUACAGUUUUUUAUCGAUACAUGAAUCACCAAAUCAAACUAUAUUAGAUUCAAAUGUUUCAAAAGUUUUAUCAAAUUAUAAAAAUUCAUUAAUUAUUAAUUCAACUGGUAAUGUAUUAUACUUAUUUACGUAUGCAUUAUCAUUAGCAAAUAUAUCACAAUUAAAACCAUCAUUAAAAUUAUGUAAAUUUAUAUUAAAGAAAUAUCCAGAAUCUUUUAAAACUUGGAAUCUAUUAGUAUUAUUGAUAACUUCAUUCAACAAUGAUAAUGAUGAAAUUGAAAAACCAGCUGGUUUUAAUGAUAAUAUUUUACCUGAUAAUUUCACAAAUGGAAACGGACAAAUUGAUUCCAAAAUAAAUGGUUAUAUCCCACCAAAAUUAAAGAUUAGAGAACCUGAAAAAUUUAUUAAUAAAGCAUUAAAUAUUUCAGGAUUAUAUAUUUUAAAACAUCAACAAAGAGAUAUAAAAUUAACAUUGGAAGCAAAAUAUGAGAUUUUACAAUUAAAAUUAACUCAAUUAGCUGUAUUAGAAUCAAUUCAUGGAUCUCAAUAUAUGAUUGAUUAUAUUUCAGAAGUAUUUGUAUUAUAUCAUGAAUUAUUUGAUGUUAAUUUAAAUCAAUCAAGUUCAUUAUCUUCAAGGCAAUUUGCUUCAAAUGAAAAAUGGUCACAUAGACCAAGUUUUAUUGAUCCAAAUGAAUUAAAUAAAGUUAAAUCAAACUCACUUAAUGAAAAAGAAGUACCAUUUCAACCAGCACCACCAGCACCACCACAACAACAAAAACUUCCACAACAAAAUGGUGAAAAUUUAACUUCAGUUUCAACUAAAAAACAUAGUCAUAAUCCAGUUGAUAGAUUAAAAAGAUUUUCCAAGAUUCCAACAAGAGAAACAUUAUUAGGUAGAAGAGAUUCAGUAUUUUCUACAAAAACAGUUUCAUCUGGUGGUUCAUCAACAAGUACUGCUCCUCAUCACAUCAAGAAGCCAGAAUUUGGUAAUGGAAUUGCUCAUGAUACACUGAUCACAUCACAACCAAUUACUGAGAAACCAACUGCUACAAUUCAACACCAACGUCAACCACAACAACAACCACAUACUGAUAAUUUAAUAGAAAGAAAAAUUUUACAAGAUAUAUGGUUAUGGACAUCAAAUAUUUUUUUAAAAUGUGGAUUAUAUGAAGAAUGUGAACAAUGUAUUAAUGAAGCAGAAAUAGUAUAUGAAUCAAAUGUUAAAAUUUGGAUAGCAAGAGGUUAUUUAAAUUGUAAAUCUAAAAAAUUUUUAUCAUUACAAAAUUUUGAAAAAUCAUUAGAAACAUUAAUUUCAACAAAUGCUAGUUCAAAAUAUAAUCAAUCAAUUGAAUUAGGAUCUGUAAUUAUUGGAUUAUCUAAAUUAUUUUUAAUUGAUGAUGAUCCAAAAAAUUCCAUAUUUAUAUCAACAAAAGAUAUAGAUGCAGGUAUAAUUCGUAUUAAAAACUUGUUGGAACAAUAUUCAUUAAGUUGGCCAAUGGGACAAAAUAAUAUUGAAAUUUGGUAUUUCUUGAGUAAAAUUUAUGAAAUUAUUGAUGAUAAAAUAUUAUUAACUCGUUCAUUAUGGAAAUGUAUUGAUUUAGAAGAUUUAAGACCUGUUAGAAAUUUUGAAGUUUGUAAUUUAAGUGUUUAA